AUGGUUCAGCCUAAGAAAAGUUCAAUGGAUUCUACAGCUGUUCCAAAGGCCAUAAUUGAGGAUAGUCCCAGUUCCAGCCCGAGCCACUGUCCGGAUCCCGAUUCCGUGACCUGCCCCACUCGCAAACACCCGGAAUUAGGAUCUCGCUCGAAAGUGACUCGCAUCAGGGGCAGACCUGCGGCAGCAAACGCUGCGCGAGAGCGUAGCCGGGUACAAACCCUGCGACAUGCUUUCUUGGAGCUGCAAAAGACUCUACCUUCAGUUCCUCCGGACACUAAAUUGUCCAAACUGGAUGUCCUAAUCUUGGCAACCACCUACAUUGCACAUUUAACCCGCACCCUGGAAGAAAGUCUGGAGGAGGGGGAAGGUCGGAAAUCUUCCGAGUUAAUGCAUUCUCUCAAAGUAGACGGAUAUCUGCAUCCGGUCAAAAAGUGGCCAAUGCGAUCCCGUUUGUAUGUCGGUGCAACGGGACAAUUUCUGAAUUCGAGCCAAUCCGACAUUCAAACUCAAGCCAAGACGACCAAUCCUGAUCCCGUCUAAACUGGAAACUGCCUAAAAUUUAGCAAGGCUUUUAAAACUUGUUGUCAUACCGAUGUGUCACUGGCAAUUUUUGAAUUAACUUUUUGAACGUAACAUAACAUUUCCAAAAUGCAAAUAUCUCGCAGGACUAAGUAAAAUAUAUUAUAUAUAUAUUUAGAGAGAGAGAAUUGAGUGCGAUUAUUGAAAUGAACGUGAUGUAGUGGAAGUUGAUCUCGUUUAAUUUUAAGUAUGUUAAAAGAUAAACUAAAUAUCUUGCAAUUGACAAAGUUGGCGCUAUUUCUGAAACGUUUAAAUAACAAUUACCAUGUGUGACACGGAUUCGGCGAAGACCUCUUCCUUCGUUUAGUCACUCAAGUCGGCACGAUGAUAUGGAAGCACCAAAGUUUAAACUUUGAGAAAUGAGGAAGCUGACGUUUGCAAUUCAAUUGUUUACUAUUACAUGGUGUUGAAAGGCUUGGCUGCGUCCGUAAGAGUGAAAAUUUGGCUCGACUGAUUGGCUACGCACUUUCAAUUGAAAUAGGUUUGCACUAAAGCAUGAUUUAACAAAACAAAAACUAUGUGCACAGCUGGCCGCAGUGGAUACGUGCGCACUUUCUAUAGACACAAGCUUCAGAAGAGCAUUCCGUUCUUACUCAUCUUCGAUAUAUUUGAAAUCUUCGCGAAACUGUUCGGUGGUGGUCAAUACACGAACCAACCAGCCCAGCUAACUGGUUCAUACCAAACUGUUAAACAUAACUGAAAUUAAUUAAAGUAACGUGACCGAUAUGUUAAUCUGACCACCUUUAUGACAUGGAGAAUAAUAAGCAUGUAUUGACAUUGAAUUAAGCUACCUUUUACUGUAAAUGACAUGAAAAUAUCCGAAAUAUAUCUGCAUUUUUGGAAGAAUAUUUUACGCUGGUAUUUAACAUCUAAGUGUACUGUUCUAAAAUAAA